AAGGUGCAUGCUGGGAAACUCCGCGGCCGCUACUUUCUCUUCCGCCGCCAUCUUAAGUUUUAUUUCUCGGGCGGUGAGGGAGUCGGGGGGUUGUCGGCAGCCAUGAGGGCCGGUCUGUUUGUGGCGCGGUGCCUUUCGAGGAGAUUUUAUUCUCUCAGAAGUGCACCUAAACCAAAUAUCUUGGCGACAGCACCACAAGCGAAAGUUCAACUGCACCCCGAGGAUCUUGAGAUCACAAAACUAGCAAAUGGCUUGGUGAUUGCUUCCCUGGAAAAUUACUCUCCUGUAUCAAGAAUUGCCGUCUUCAUCAAAGCCGGCAGCAGGUAUGAGACCUCUGCCACUUUAGGAACUGUUCAUAUGCUCCGCCUUGCAUCUAAUCUGACUACAAAAGGAGUGUCCAUCUUCAGAAUCACCCAGGGUCUUGAAGCUGUUGGCGGUUGCUUAAGUGUGACUUCUACCAGAGAAAACAUGGCGUAUUCUGUUGAAUGUAUGCGUGACUACAUUGAUACUGUACUGGAAUAUCUGAUAAAUGUCACUACAGCUCCAGAAUUCAGGCUCUGGGAACUUUCUGAGGUUAUACCCCGUUUAAAAAUUGACAAGGCAGUUGCCCUUCAAUCGCCACAAGUUCGUAUUAUUGAAAACUUGCAUGCAGUGGCUUAUCGAAAUGCCCUUGCCAAUUCCUUAUACUGUCCCGAUUAUAGGCUACAGAAAAUUACACCAGAGCAGCUGCACCAUUUUGUACAGAGCAACUUCACAAGUGCCCGGAUGGCUCUGGUGGGUGUAGGUAUGAACCAUGCUGAUCUAAAGCAAAUAGGAGAGCAGUUUAUGAACAUUCGCAGUGGGCAUGGCUCAGCUGGGGAGAAGGCCAAGUACAAGGGAGGUGAAAUCCGAGAGCAGAAUGAUGAUAGCCUUGUCCACGCAGCUGUGGUGGCCGAAGGAGCUGCCAUAGGAAGUGCAGAGGCAAACGCUUUCCGUAUCCUUCAGCAUCUCCUUGGGGCAGGACCUCUUAUUAAGGGAGGAAGCAAUGUUACCAGUAAACUCAGCCAGGCUGUAGCAAAGGCAUCUCCCCAUCCUUUUGAUAUAGCAUCAUUUAAUGUGAACUACUCUGAUUCUGGACUAUUUGGCUUUUACACCAUUUGCAAGGAUUCAGCUGCUGGAGAGGUAAUCAAGGCUGCUUUGAAUCAAGUGAAGGCCAUUUCCCAGGGUGGAGUAACUGAUGCUGAAGUCACAAUAGCCAAACAGCAGCUGAAAACAUCUCUCUUUAUGUCUCUUGAGUCCACGGAAGGUUUGCUUCAUGAAAUCGGCUCCCAGGCACUAGUAUCCGGCACAUACACAUCGCCAGCUGCUGUGAUUGACAAGAUUGAUUCUGUGGCUACUGCUGACAUUGUGAAUGCUGCAAAGACGUUUGUUAAUGGGAAGAAGUCAAUGGCAGCCCGUGGGAACUUGAUACAUACCCCUUAUCUUGAUGAGCUGUAAAGAAAUAAAACAUGGAGACACAGCUUAAAAUGGAAGGUUGCUCUCUAGUAGUUGCAUUAACUGCUUCUGUUGUUCUACAUUAUUUAUGAGUUCCUAAUUUUCUGCAUCUCUGUCUUACUCUGUUGAUUUACUUAAACAGAAUAAAGUGCAGAUCUCAUACUCUUAGAA